AUGCCCGGUUUGUUUGACAUGGCACUUUUCGCCGCAUGGCUGCCACACCUCGUGCUGGCAAUUUCACAUGACCGAGCUGCCCAAGUGCACGCUGACGGCAGCAAUUCGUGGCCGUGGGCUGCAAGGAGUGAGCCGAGCCCGUUACUGCGGCACCAGGCCGUGCCUGACGACGCUUCGCAACAGUUAGCCGCCUCGGGCCGCCACCACCACCACCACUAUCAUAGGGCCGCUGUUUUGGCCGCGGCUUCUGGCAAGGUGCGUGCACCCGAUGCGGUUGCUUCCACCACAGGGACGACCACACACCGCGCCAUAGCGAACGAGAUUUUCUACUCGCCGAAUGAGACCUCCGAUGCCAACAUCCAGGCCAUCAUGGAUAUGACAAUCACGGGAGGAGACGAGCACGAAGGAUGGCCAUGGGAAUCAGAGGAGGCGAAGCUCAGGGAGGCCGCCAAGCACUUGACCACGAGCGCUCCAGGGGCUGCCGGUGUCAUCAUCAGCAGCCUCUUCGGGGAACCUGGUGACACCGGAGUGCGCGGCGACGUGGGGCCCCGGGGAUUCGCUGGGCCUCCUGGCCCUCCUGGUCCUGCCGGCCGAGGGCCUUCGGGGGGUGAAGGGCCCAAAGGGCCCCACGGGCCGCGUGGGCCUCAUGGCCCUGCAGGCCUACAGGGCUUUCCUGGUCCAGAAGGUCCGGUAGGCGAUGCGCCUGUUGAGGUCUACACCUGGAAGAAGAUCUUGGCCACCUAUGACAACGUUCUUGAGAACAUGGAGACCACUGUGGGAAGGAAGAACCGGGCCGUCAACAAGGACUUGGGCUUGAUGCACCAGCAGGCCGCGCUGUUCCACGCGCGCCAUAGCGGCAUCCGGAAUGGGGCCAUGCGCUUGCACGGGUACCUGCUGAACUCCUUCUCCAAGGUGGCUGCAUCGCUGUCCCAGGCAGCCCGGCUAGACCGCACAGUCGAGACCAUGAGCAAGCCCACACCAAGGCAGGCGCUGAAGGAUGCCGAGAUGCUGUUGCCCGUGGUGCAGGCCCAAGAGCACAUGAUUGAGCGCUCCGAGAUGGCGGCCUCUCAUGGAUGGGCGAAGCGCAGCGUUGACAAGGAGAAGCACAAGCUGGAGGAGGAGAAGCGAAAGAAGCAGGAGGAGGAGCAAAUGCAGGAGAUGAUGAAGCAGCAGGAAAUGAUGUUCCAGCAGAUGGCCGCAGCCAUGCCAAUGAUGGGUGCAUGGAAUUCCGGGGGCUGGAAUGAGUUCGAGGGAUGGGAUGGCUAUGAUGGUCCCGGGCCCUGUCCUGGGGGCCCCGGCAUGGGCAUGGGCGGCAUGGGCAGCAUGGGCAGCAUGGGUGGCAUGGGUGGCAUGGGUGGCAUGGGCCCGGCUGGUGGCAGCAUGGCGAGCGCUGGCACGGCCGGAUCUGCGCCGUCCGCUCCGUGCCCCCCGUCGGCCCCGUCGCGGCCGCCAGGCGUGCGACCCUCGGUGGUGCCUCCCAGGAACGAGCUGAGACCGAGCGGGCCCAACUUGCCGAGGACGCGAGUCAAUGCCGAGAGUUACCACGGGACCGUUCUCGAAUGGAGAGGGAAAUUCGGCUGGAUAGAACCAUUUCCGGCGAUUGAACAUCCUCUGGCGCAAAAGCAUGGCGGCAAAGUUUACGUAUCCGUGGGCGAUGUGAAGAAGGGAAGCAGCCUGGAAGCUGGUCAGUUGGUCAAGUGA